UAUUAAUAAAACACGGAAAGCUUUCUGAAACAACGUUCCCCAUUUUCCAAAAUGUUACUAAGACUUCUAAGUUACGCUUGUUACAUUAACUGAACAACAAGCGUCAACUUGUCGUAAAGCCGCAUUAAAAGUACAAAUAGCAGCCUGGCGAAGCUACUCGCACUACACUUUUCUAUUUCCCUCCGUACAACAGAACUGAAUUUCCGUUCGUAGUCGGCCUGACGGACAUUUAUCUAGUGUAGUUUCCUGUUUCGGUAUCUUUUCGGUCCGUCUGUAAUAAAGUCGAUUUCCUGUUUAAGAUGCUUGAAAGGUGUAUGAGGUUACAGAGUGAUGGCUAAAGUAGUGAAGAUAUUUAGAACUGUCAGGAAUCACUGGAAGAAAACUACUGUUGGUGUCUGUUUACUAACAUGGAGUGGACACUGGCUGUAUGGGAGGCAUUGUGAUGAUCUUUUGAGACGAGCUGCUUGUGAAGAAGCCAAGGUGUUUGGUGACCAAGUUAUUCCUCCCACUGUUCAAGCAAAGAAAGCAACUGUCUUCCUUAAUCCAGCUGCCUGUAAGGGAAAGGCAAGAAGCUUAUUUGAAAAGAAUGCUGCACCCAUUUUACACCUCGCAGGUAUUGAUGCAACAAUAGUCAAGACAGAUUAUGAAGGCCAGGCUAAGAAACUUCUUGAUUUGAUGGAAAAUACAGACAUGAUCAUUGUUGCAGGAGGGGAUGGAACUUUACAGGAGGUCAUUACAGGACUCCUUAGAAGAAAAGAUGAGACCACAUUCAGCAAGAUACCAAUAGGAUUCAUUCCAUUAGGAGCUACCAGCAGUCUUAGUCGAACACUGUAUCCAGAAAAUAAGGAUAAGGUCAAAACAAUAACAAAUGCAGCUCUGGCCAUACUUAAAGGGGAAACUGUUCAACUAGAUGUGCUGCAAAUUAAGAGUGAGAAGGAACAGCCAGUUUUUGCAAUGUCGGAAUUGAGAUGGGGUUCCUACAGGGAUGCGUCUGUGAAGGCUUCCAAAUACUGGUACUUUGGUCCUUUGAAAACCAGAGCAGCCCACCUUUUCAGUUCCUUAAAGGAAUGGCCUCAGAGACAUCAAGCUGCACUGUCAUACUUGGGUCCAACUGAUCGUCCUCCAGAAGAGCCAGAAGUUGUACCUUCACGUCCCCCCCUCUACAUGAGAAUAUUAAGAAGGUUUACUUUGUACUGGUCCCCACCCAAGGAAGAGAUUCAACCCGUGGACGUUCCUGCUGAGGCAUGGGAAGAAUUGUCAAUGUCUGCUAUAGAGUUAUCAAUCAGCACGUCAAACCAACAGCCAGACCUCAAACGCACAGAAGACUCAAUGAAUAUUCGUAUUGAGCCAGAUACAGUAACCAGAGGUGAAUUUAUAUCCUUGGGAAGUCAGAAAGUAAAAGACCCCAAAGUGAUUCCAGAAGGAUAUCAGUUACUUCAGGGAAGUCGAUGCAAGUUGCAGCUAUCAGAGGGCACUACAGGCUUCUUUGGCAUUGAUAAUGAGGAAUAUGAAGCUAUGAAUGUAGAAGUAAAUCUGCUACCCAGAAAGCUGAGAUUUUUCUGUGAUGCUGGCAGGAAGCAGGAGCUGCUACAGUAACUGCAUUUAAGACAAACCCAAGAGAAGAAAGGCUAGAAUAAAAAAGAAUGUAAAAGGCUAGAUAGGCAUGUAACCUAUAUUAGACAAAACAGAGGCAUCCCCUGUUCUGGACUGCUGAGAGUCAGUAUCACCAAUGAAGUAAAACAUUCUUAAAAAUGUAUAGAAAAUGUACUUUCACCUCAGAUGACCUUUUCCAAAGACUGCUAUGAUAAAAUAAAUUUUAUGGAAAAAUAGAUGUUCAAAUUUAGCUUUUUCUAAUAAAAUACCAGUUGCUUGUUUAUAAUUUACUGAUAACAGAUGUUUGUGAAGAAAUGUUAAAUUAUAAGUUAUGUAGUUUUCAUAUUUCACUACUUUCUGGUGACAACUGUUAUAUGUGCACUUUUUGUUCAGGUGCCGUGGACUUUUGUGGUAUACCAACAUUUUCUAGAUGGUUAUUACAGCUUUAUUUGUUUUGUAAAUGUAUAAUUAAAUGUUGAACUUGUUACUAGAAAAA